AUGUCCUCUGUCCAAUCCAAAAUCUUAUCCCAAGCUCCAAGUGAGUUGGAAUUACAAGUCGCCAAGACCUUCAUCGAUCUAGAAAGCUCCUCCCCAGAAUUAAAGGCCGACUUGAGACCAUUGCAAAUCAAAUCCAUUAGAGAAAUUGACGUUACUGGAGGUAAGAAAGCUUUGGUUCUUUUUGUUCCAGUCCCAGCUUUGUCUGCAUAUCACAAGGUCCAAACCAAAUUGACCCGUGAGUUGGAAAAGAAAUUCCCUGACCGUCAUGUUAUUUUCUUAGCUGAAAGAAGAAUCUUGCCAAAGCCAUCUAGAACAUCUAGACAAGUUCAAAAAAGACCAAGAUCCAGAACCUUGACCGCUGUCCAUGACAAAGUUUUGGAAGACAUGGUUUUCCCAACUGAAAUUGUCGGUAAAAGAGUUAGAUAUUUAGUUGGCGGUAACAAGAUCCAAAAAGUUUUAUUAGACUCUAAGGAUGUUCAACAAAUUGACUACAAAUUGGAAUCUUUCCAAGCUGUCUACAACAAGUUGACCGGCAAACAAAUUGUUUUUGAAAUUCCAAGUCAAACCAACUAA